UUUCACUUCAUCUCUAAACCAAAAGUCAGCAGGAGAAAGAGGAGGAAGAAGAAGAGAAGAAGAAGCAAGAUGGAGAAAGAUGAAGAAAAUCAAAACAAGAAAAAAACACAAAUUGUUAUAGGAAUUCCAUCUUAUAAGGAAGUAAUUGAGAGCUCACAAACAAAAUCAACCCCGCCCUCUCUUUUCACUCCUUCUCAAUCUUUUUCUCAAGCCUUCAAUUUCAUUAAAUCCUCUGAGUUCUACACUCCACCUCCUCCUCCUCCUGCGCCCAGCUCCCCUCUUUCCACCCCAAGGCCAACUGGUGGAGCCAAUGUGCCUUCUUCUUCUUCAGCUGCCUCUACCUCAGCUUCCCCUGCUGCUGCUGCUGCAUCAUCGACUUCGUCUCAGAGUCGCAAUGCUAUCCUUGUCAGCCAUAGGCAGAAGGGUAAUCCCUUGCUCAAACAUAUCAGGAAUGUGAGAUGGGCUUUUGCAGAUGUUGCUUGUGACUACUUGCUUGGUCAGAACACGUGUGCUCUCUAUUUAAGUCUUCGGUAUCAUUUGCUGCACCCUGACUACUUAUACUACCGUAUAAGGGAACUACAAAAGAACUUCAAGCUUCGCGUUGUGUUAUGCCAUGUUGAUGUGGAGGAUGUUGUUAAGCCUUUGCUUGAAGUUACUAAAACAGCUCUGCUUCAUGAUUGCACUCUAUUAUGUGGUUGGAGCUUAGAGGAAUGUGGUCGCUACUUGGAGACCAUAAAAGUAUAUGAAAACAAGCCUGCAGACCUCAUUCAAGGCCAAAUGGAUACAGACUACUUAUCAAGGCUAAAUCAUGCUCUCACAACUGUUCGGCGUGUUAACAAGACUGAUGUGGUCACUCUUGGUUCUACUUUUGGGUCUCUGUCUAGUAUCAUGGAUGCAUCCUUGGAAGAUCUUGCUCGAUGUCCUGGAAUAGGAGAACGGAAGGUAAAACGCUUGCACGAUACUUUUCAUGAGCCCUUCAAGCGCAUAAUUUCCAGUAACCCUUCUAUUCCAGAAACUCCUGUAUGCAAAGAUGCUGAACCAAGCUCAGCAAGUGAAGUCAUAGAAGCAGACAAAUAUACUGAAGAUACGAGCAAACGUAGGAAAAAGGAAAAUGAAAUUAACAUUAAAUCAGCUCUAACUGCUGCAUUUGCCAAGUGUGCUGGUAAAAAUAGUAAAAUGAACAAUAAAUCCGAGGGUAAUAAGGGAGGAGGAACUGCUGCUGCAGUACCAGAACCAGCAACUAAAACUUCUGGGGAAGAGGUCGAAACAUGAGCUCCGUUUGCUACUUCAAUCUAUCUCCAACGGGUUUGGGUUGAAAUGGACAACUACACAAGUCUUUCGGGGUUUCUCUACUUGCCUCGUAGCAUCUGACGUAACAUAGCCAAUAUUCUCUUUUAUCAAGCUGACAGUCUCAAGUUGUUUAAGGAAACCAAGAAAUUUGUGCAGAGACUCGCUCUCAAUUUUCGAGGUAUUGUUCAUUAGUUACACGACAUCGGACAAAUUGUCCUGGUUGAUUAUUAUGGGUUUUAUCAUUUAUGUGGAGCCAACAAGGCAUUGAUGAACCUGGUAAUAGGCUGUACCUUUUUUAGCCCUUCUCAGAUUUUGUUAUCUUGUAAUAAUAUUGAAGCUAGGUUCUGAAGUUUGCAUUAUUUCAUUGCAAAA